CCGCCGCCGCUGCCACCUCUGCUGCUGCCGCUGCCGCAGGGGAGGAAGCCUGCACCGAAGAUCCAUGAAGAGCCUUCCACAGUGACGCUCCCUCUCCAAUUGAGGCCAGCCUCUCUGUCCCCUGAUUUCUUGGGGCCUGAACCCAUCAGCCUAAACUCCAUCGCCCUCGGUGCCUCCUUUCUGGCCGGGGCAGGGGACACCCAUCCCCAGCGCCUUCCGCCAUGACCACCUCAGCUCUGAGACGGCAGGUGAAAAAUAUCGUGCACAACUAUUCAGAGGCGGAGAUUAAGGUCCGAGAAGCCACCAGCAAUGACCCCUGGGGCCCACCCAGCUCCCUCAUGUCGGAGAUCGCCGACCUGACUUUCAACACGGUGGCCUUCGCCGAGGUCAUGGGCAUGAUCUGGAGGCGGCUCAAUGACAGCGGCAAGAACUGGCGCCACGUGUACAAGGCCCUCACCUUGCUGGACUAUCUGCUGAAGACCGGCUCCGACAAAGUGGCCCACCAGUGCCGGGAGAACCUCUACACCAUCCAGACCCUCAAGGACUUCCAGUACGUGGACCGGGACGGCAAGGACCAGGGCAUCAACGUUCGGGAGAAGGUGAAGCAGGUGAUGGGGCUGCUGAAGGACGAAGAGCGACUGAAGCAAGAGCGGACCCACGCGCUCAAGACCAAGGAGCGCAUGGCCCUCGAGGGCUCCGGCAUUGGCAGCGGGCAGCUGGGCUAUCGCCGAUCCUCACACUACGGCGACGAGUUUAGCCGGACUAGAGGAUCCCCGUCUUCCUACAACUCCUCAUCGUCUUCUCCUCGAUUCACCUCUGACCUGGAACAAGCUAGACCCCAGACCACCGGAGAGGAGGAGCUGCAGCUGCAGCUGGCCCUGGCCAUGAGCCGGGAGGAGGCAGAGAAGCAGCCGGUCCCUCCAGCCUCCCACAGGGACGAGGAUUUGCAGCUGCAGCUGGCACUACGCCUGAGCCAGCAGGAGCAUGAGAAGGAGGUGAGGUCCUGGAGGGGAGACGACUCCCCCUUACCCAAGGGCACCGGGAGCCAUGGGCGCCGGGACCAGGACCCUGAAAGAGAAGAGGAAAAGGAAGGAGAGAAACUGAAAACCAGCCAGUCUUCUAUCCUGGACCUUGCUGAUAUCUUUGGACCAGGACCAGUUCCACCCUCCACACACAGCUCCGCUGACCCAUGGGAUAUCCCAGGUCUUCGGCCAACUGUGGAGCCUGGCGGUUCCUCUUGGGGACCCUCGGCAGAUCCUUGGUCUCCAGCCCCCUCUGGGGAUCCUCUGUCCCGUAGCCAGCCUUGGGACUUACCCUCUGUGCUCUCAUCUUCGGAGCCCUGGAGACGGACACCUGGGCUGCCCCCGUCCGUAGAUCCCUGGGUGAAAGAUUCCCCCCACCACAAACCCUCCGUCGCAGGGACAGACCCCUGGGGUGCCACCUUGGACACCCCCAACACGCCCACAGCUCUAGGUGGUUCAACCUUUGACUUAUUUGCCAAACUUCCAGAAUCAACAGAACCCAGAGAAGGGCCUGAGAGUGGCCAGGCCCUUCCCUCCGUGCGAUCUAGCAGCCCUGAACUAGACCUCUUUGGAGAUCCUGUCCCUAGCUCCAAACAGAACGGCACGAAGGAGCCAGAUGCUUUUGAUCUGAGUGGACUUGGUGGGGCGCUGACGCAAGCAGGCAAAGAUGGUCAAGCCUGCCAGACCCCUGAGUCCUUCCUGGGACCCUCAGCCUCCUCUUUGGUCAACCUGGACUCACUCGUGGUGGCUCCGCAGCCUACGAAGACAAGAAACCCAUUCCUUUCAGGUCUCAGUGCCCCAUCCCCAACCAACCCUUUCAGUUUGGGAGAGCAGUGCAGGCCAACUCUCAACCAGAUGCGGACAGGGUCUCCGGGGCCCAAUCUGGCCACCAAUGUGCCUGUGGGUGCUCCUGUAGGCUCCAUGACCUACAGUGCCUCUCUGCCCCUUCCACUCAGCAGCGUUCCAGCAGGAAUGACCCUUCCUGCCUCUGUCAGCGUCUUCCCUCAGGCUGGCACCUUCCCUCAGAUGCCUGGGACCCUGCCCCAGCCCCUGCUCCCCAUGUCCGGUUCAGUGGGACCCCUGAACCCCUCUUCUCAGGCAGGCACCAACCCUUUCCUUUGAACUCUACCCUCCUCUGCUCAGCCCUUCUUCCUGCCAUCUCCUACCCUCCUCCCUGGAGUCAGUUUCUGUGCCUCUUCCCUUCAUUCUCUGCCUAUGUGCCCCGGUCAGCCGCUGGCAGCUGACCAGAGCUUUCCCUAGCCCCUUGCUUAAGGGGCUGGGGCAGUGGACAGGGGCGCUGCCCCCCACCCCACUUAGGUCAAUAUGAAUGUUGCCCAGAUGCUUGGUCCCCUGUCCUGCCUCCAGAGUGGGGAAGGGUCAUGGGAAGCUCAGGGAAAGGACAUCACAGGAGCCCAGGUCCCCCGGGGUUCCAUGUGGGUUGGAGGAGUGGCUUUCCAGGCUCCAGCUCUCCCUUGAAGGGGCUCACACGUAUGUGUGGAGAGCUCCAAGAUACCAGAAGUACUGUAAUGCAUAGCCCAGAAGAAGCCUGGUGACCAGAAGCCUUUUGGAGCCGUGGCAAUGGUCCCACAAUAAAAUACCUGAACUAGCACUGUAA